CUGUGAGGCAGUUGAAAUCCCAGAGUGCUGAGCAACCCCGGCACUAAAGAGGCAGGAAGGGCAAGAGAGAGGAGGCAUCGCUGGGGCUCAGCAUGGUCUGCUAGAAAGAAGGACUGAAGACUCUCCAAAAAGACCCGUUCUGUUUCUUUGGAGCUGCUUACUUCUUUCAUCCAUGAGUGCUGCAAGUGUGCUCAGGUCUUUCAGUCCAUCAGCGAUGCCUGGCCCCGUAAUGCCGAUGGACGUGGCUAUGAGAUUCUACAUGAGCCACUCUCCGCCUCCUCUCCGAGGUUUCCUCAGCUCCUACGAGGACCUGCAGAGGACCAAGAACCGGGUGAACCAGUCCGUUGGUCAGCAGCUGUACAAGCCCCUGCGGCCCUGCCUCAGCAGCCAGCAGAAGGCCAUGGACGACGUGGACUGCUUGGGCUGGAACAGCAAGGCCUGCAAGAAGAAGAAGGUUGUGUUCGCCGACACCCAGGGCAUGUCUCUCACCGCCAUCCACGUCUUCUCCAAGUUUGACGACGAGCCGUACCAGAAGCGCAGCAAAGGCAUCGCAGAGGAGCUGCAGUUCGACAUGUCGGACCUGGAAGCCGCCACCAAGGACCUAAAGAUCAGCUCGGUGCGCAACCUGGCGCUGGACUUUAAACAGCCCUCCGCCGACUACCUGGACUUCCGGAACCGCCUGAUUGCCAACUCUGUGUGUUUGGAGAACUGCUCGCUGCAGGAGCGCUCACUGACCGGCACCAUCAAGGUCCGAAACAUGGGCUUCGAGAAGCAGGUGCAGCUGCGCGCCACGUACGACUCGUGGGUCAGCUUCACCGACGUCUCGUGCACCUUCAUGAACAACGUGUACAGCUGCCAGGACAGCGACACCUUCGCCUUCGUCCUGGACCUGCCCGCCCACAUCCCGCCGGAGAACCGCGUCGAGUUCUGUGUCUGUUUCAAAGCCCAGAACCAGACCUUCUGGGACAAUAACGACGGCAAGAACUACAUCCUGAAGCACGUCGGCUGGAACGGAGAGGACCUAAACAUUCUGAUACCGCCGGCCUCUCUGGACCAGAGGAAGCCCUCGGAGCACAAGGGGGUGAGGGUUCUGGAGAUGGAGUUCGACCAGUUCGGCAGCCCCCGCAUGUCGAGUGGACUGUUCCCGGGCUGGCAGAGCUGGGGUCAGAUAGAUAGCGCCGUGCCUUACUGGUGAAGCCAGGACUCUGUUUGCUGAAAUGACAUUGGAAUAAGAUAAGAGACGGGGCAUUCGGUGCGAGUCCAGCUGUGGGUCGAAGCUUAGAAACUGAACUGAAGCAAACAUGUAAAACCAGACCGCUCACCUGAGCCGCCUCCCGCCGGCCUCAGAGCGAGGACUCGUGUGGAAAAUGAGCCGCAUAAUUUUUGUAAAAUAUGAAUGUGCCUUCUAAGAGUGCCUGUCCACUAAAAUACAGACGAUGUGUUCGAGCCCCCCCAGGAGGGCCUAUUGUAAUGGUUAAAUAUGCACUGAUUGAGAUGAGCCUCUCAAUGUGAUUUCUGUAAACUGAAGAAGUAGAAAUCAAGAUGAUUACGUCCUUCAUAUUGAAGGGGAAGCACACGGCGAUAAAAUGGUUCUCUACUAAUUGAAACACAGCUGAUUAAUUUUAAUGGACACUAAGCACCUUCACGAGACGAUAAUUAGACUCUUUAUUUUAAAUAAAGUCAUGCAGCCCUUCCUUCCCCUCCUGGUAAAUUGCACAUGUAUGAUGAGAAAUGCUGUUGGGAUGAUGUAAUAUUUUGGUACGUGUAUUGAGCUGCUAUCAGAAGAGACGAUGCACGUGAUUGGUUGUCUCCAACUUGGGAGAUGGAUGGGUUAAAGAACGUUUUAAAGAGGAAUGAUUGGAUGUUUAUAUUUGACUGUUUUAAGUGCAGUUGUGUGAUGAGUGUACAGUAUGUGUGGCUGGAAAUGAGAAGUGUCCUUAGCUGGAAGCCAUCGGUUCUCACUGUGAAGAGAGGUCUGUCUGCGCCCAGCCUUUUGUUCCACUUGAAGGUGUUUGUAAAGUAUUUCCCUUUUCAGAAAUAAAAUGUCUAUUCAAAA